AUGCGGCACGCGCACAAGAAGCUGCUGGCAGAGACUGGCGUGAUGCUACCUGGGCGCUUGCAGAUCUUCGUGCAGCCUCUGGAGCUUUCGCUCUGGGGCCAGGUCGAGAAGGAGAACGGCUCUGUGGACCUGCAGGCAAUCGGCAAACACUUCAAGAGCAAGUUUUCGGCCGUUCGGAUCGACCAAUUUCCGAGGCGGUAUCUGACAGAUGAACCUAUCGCGGCCCUUGAGGUGGACCUGGCUCGGGUGCCUGCGCAGCCCGCUGACGGGGAGCCCAACGUGGAGAACGAUGCGGUCAAGCUGUGCAUCCGCAUGGGUGGCAAGGCUGCCCUGCGGGCAAAGAUCUCCAGUGUAAAAGUGGACCAUAGUGGUAUGCUGUCAGGUUAUGGCAUUUGGUGGUCUGCAGACCUGGCAAACGGCAAUGUUGUGACCAGCAACCCCAGCAAUCCCCAGAGGAGCUGGAAGCAGCUCAUACGUUGGCUUGAUGCACCUCGUUUUGUGACAGCUGGUGAGGACAUCCAGGUCCUGACCUGCUACAACGAUCACCAGGUCAAUGUAGAGGACAUCUUCCUGCCGCGAGAGAUGGUCGACAAGUACCAGGAGGAGCUGCUCGCAGCAAAGCAGGCGCAGACAGCGCCGACAGUGCCGACAGCGCAGUGUGCCGUGCCUCGUGCAGCGCACGAGAACAUUGAGGAGGAGAUCCUGGAGGUUGACUGA